CAACUGCUCGUUGCUGUCAAAGUUUGCUUACGUUUUAUUACAUGUGGGCCGGCGCCGAUGAAAUAAAAAAAUAACUUGGAAAUUACCAUACGGUCCAGAACGGCAAUGGCAUCGGCGAUGGCGAACGAACGGAAGGGAACGUUCAAGGUAGAAUACCUGCAAAAAAUCGAACGUGACAUCCAGCAGCGUUGGCAGCGGGACAAGGUGUACGAUGUGGACGCUCCGAAGGAACCACGCAAGCGGGACGAUGAAAAGUUCCUGGUUACCUUCCCAUACCCGUACAUGAACGGUCGGCUUCACCUGGGACAUGCGUUCUCCCUGUCGAAAGCGGAAUUCGCCGUACGGUAUCAUCGGCUCAAGGGCAAGAAGGUGUUGUUUCCGCUCGGUUUUCACUGCACCGGAAUGCCGAUUAAAGCGUGUGCCGAUAAGUUGAAGCGGGAAAUCGAACUGUACGGUUGUCCGCCCGUGUUUCCGAGGGAGGAAUCGGUAGUAGUGGAAAAGCCGGAAGAUCGGGACGUCGUACCGAAGGAUAAGAGCAAGGGCAAGAAAAGCAAAGCGACGGCAAAAGCCGGUACGGCAAAGUUCCAGUGGCAGAUUAUGCAAAGUCUUGGUUUGGCCGAUGCCGACAUUGCCAAGUUUGCCAACACGGAUCACUGGUUGGAGUAUUUUCCACCGCUGGCUAUACGCGAUCUAAAGGAGCUCGGUGCUCACAUCGAUUGGCGGCGUACGUUCAUCACGACGGAUGCGAACCCGUUCUAUGAUUCGUUUGUGCGGUGGCAGUUCAAUCACCUGAAGGCGCGUGGCAAGAUCAUGUACGGAAAACGUCAUACCAUCUACUCGCCUAAGGAUGGUCAACCGUGCAUGGAUCAUGACCGUUCCUCUGGCGAGGGUGUCGGUCCGCAGGAGUAUACGCUGAUCAAGAUGAAGGUGAUGGGCAAGUUGCCGGCAAAGCUAGCGAGUGCGGUAGGCAAGCGGCCGGUAUAUUUGGUGUGCGGUACACUACGUCCGGAAACCAUGUACGGACAGACGAACUGCUGGGUACAUCCCGACAUCAAGUACAUCGCGUUCGAAACGGCCAAGCAGGAAGUUUGGGUGUGUACACGUCGAGCUGCACGCAAUAUGUCCUAUCAAGGAUUUACCGCUGUCGAAGGUGAGAUAAAGGAACUCACGGAACUCAUCGGACAGGACAUAAUGGGUCUGCAGCUCUCUGCGCCCCUCACUUCGAACAAGGUGAUCUACACCCUUCCGAUGCUGUCCAUCAAGGAGGACAAGGGAACCGGUAUCGUAACGUCCGUUCCAUCCGAUUCUCCGGACGACUAUGCGGCACUGGUUGAUUUGCAGAAGAAACAACCGUUCCGGGAGAAGUACGGCAUUACGGACGAGAUGGUGCUACCGUUCCAGCCCAUCCCGAUCAUCGAUGUGCCGGGGUUGGGCAAUCUGUGCGCCGUGUACGCGUACGAUAAGUUCAAGAUCCAGAGUCAGAACGAUCGCGAAAAGCUUACCGAAGCGAAGGAGCUGGUCUACCUGAAAGGAUUCUACGACGGCGUGAUGCUGGUUGGUGAGCACAAGGGCAAAAAGGUGCAGGACGUGAAAAAAGACCUAAAGCAGUAUCUGGUCGAACGGAACGAAGCGGAUGUGUACUACGAGCCGGAGAAAACGAUCAUGUCGCGAUCGGGCGAUGUGUGUGUGGUGGCUCUCUGCAAUCAGUGGUACCUAAAUUACGGCGAGGACGUUUGGCAAAAGCAAACGACGGAGCACCUUCGCACAAUGGAACUAUUCCACGAGGAGGUAUCGCGCAACUUUGAACACUGUCUCGAUUGGUUGCACGAGUACGCCUGCUCGCGUACGUACGGUCUCGGUACGAAGCUACCGUGGGAUCAACAGUGGCUCAUCGAGUCACUGUCGGAUUCCACCAUCUACAUGGCUUUCUACACGGUCGCCCAUCUGCUGCAGGCCGGAUCAUUCCGGGGAGAAAAACCGAGCCCGUUAGGCAUUACUGCUGAGGAUAUGACGCCGGACGUUUGGGAUUAUAUUUUCUUCGCUGAUGCGAAACCACCGUCCAAGAGUCGUGUCAAACGCGAUGCUUUGGAGCAGUUAAAGCGAGAAUUCAACUUCUGGUAUCCGGUUGAUCUGCGUGUUUCCGGCAAGGAUCUAAUCCAGAACCAUCUGACGUUCUUCCUGUACAACCACGUCGCAAUCUGGCCAAAGGAACCGACCAAGUGGCCGAAAGGCGUUCGUUGCAACGGUCAUCUGUUGCUUAACUCGGCGAAAAUGUCGAAAUCCGACGGUAACUUCCUCACGCUGUAUGAAUCGAUCGCAAAGUUCAGUGCGGACGGUACACGUCUGUGUCUGGCGGACGCUGGAGAUAGCAUUGAGGAUGCAAACUUUGUGGUGACCAAUGCGGAUGCGGGCAUUCUGCGACUGUACACCUUCAUCGAGUGGGUUAAGGAAACGCUCGCCUCAAAGCCUCUGCUCCGGAAAGGGCCCGAGGAUGCAUCGUUUAACGAUCAGGUGUUUUCGAGCGAAAUGAAUCUGCUGACGAAGCAGACGGACGAGUACUACCGGAAGAUGCUGUUCAAGGAAGCGCUACGGACAGGUUUCUUCGAGUUCCAGACGGCGCGUGACAAAUAUCGUGAACUCUGCGGAUCGAUCGGUAUGCAUGCAAAUCUGGUGAUGGAAUUCAUCCGAAGGCAGGCACUGCUAAUUGCACCGAUCUGUCCUCACGUGGCCGAACACAUCUGGUGUGAUCUGUUGGGCAAUAAAACGUCCAUCCUGCACGCCUCCUGGCCAACGGUCGGUGCGAUCGACGAGCGGAAGAUCAAAUGCUCUGCCUAUUUGAUGGAAGCAGCUCACUCGUUCCGGUUGACAUUGAAGAACAUCACCCAGCCGAAGACUGGUGGCAAAGGUGGCCCUAACAAAGCACUGGCUGCGAAACCAAGCGAUGGCAUGAUCUGGGUGGCGAAAACGUUCCCACCGUGGCAAUCGUGCGUGCUGGACACGAUGCGCGUGCUGUACGAACGGCAGGGCAAUGAAACAUUGCCGGACAACAAGAUCAUUGCGACCGAGCUGGGCAAGAAGGAGCUGCUGAAGAAGUACAUGAAGCGUGUGAUGCCUUUCGCACAAAUGGUACGCGAACGCGUGGAAGCGGUCGGAGGACCGGGUAAGCAGGCAAUGGAUGUGACGCUGGAUUUCGACGAGCGCGAAGUGCUUGGACUGAAUGCGGACUAUCUGCGAAACACGCUCGAGCUGGACACGCUCACGUUCCGAUACACGGACGAACCGGACACACCGGAAAAGACACGCGAAGAGGUCCGGCCCGGUGUACCGUUUAUCGUAUUCACGGUAAAACCGUUCGUGACGGUAACACUCGAGAAUCCGGUAGAGCGGUCGGGUUUGUUUACGGUUACAAUGAACCUCUCUGAUGGGGAUACGAGCAAAACGCUCAAGGAGAAGCUUGCGAAGCAAAUUGGCUUUAAAGCUGAUUUGUCUGCUUUGGAAAUAAUGCGAUAUGAAGAUCCGGUACUGGGACCGCGCAGUCUUCCCACGUUCCAGGAUUACCGGUCGGGCAAGAUCACCAUUGAGGAGGGUGAUUUUAAGGUGGAAAUGGAAAAGAAGCAGGUCUUGCUUAGCAAUGGCACUUUCAAGAAUAUGAAUAUUGGUACGAAUUUUAUCUACGUCAUCAAUUGAGGCUCAGUGGGAGGAGAUGGCUACACGCUUUAAUUUAUCUUGAAUUACAAUUGAAAUACAUGAAUCCUUGAAACGUUUUCUUCACAAGAUUAAAAAAAGGUAUCUAUUUAGCCCCUCGCCGAAGGACUCACUCGAA